CAGAACGAAAUCGAGAAUAUAAAUUCCCAUUAUAUCAUUCUGAAACUUAAACUAUCAAAACACAAAAUCAAUCCUUGCACGAAGCUAGGAUGGAACACACGAACUUGAUCUCUGCAGACGAACUGCAAAAAUCAACUUCGCUUGAAAAGGCACCAUAACGCCCUUCGUAGUUCUCUGUAAUUUAAUUUCUUUUCGUUAUUUCAGUAUUUCGUGCAGACAAUGCAACUACACAUCGUCAUUUGACAGAGUUCGUUGGUCUUGAUAUCGAAAUGGCGUUUAAUUAUCAUUAUCAUGAAGUCUUGUUUACGAUUGGAGAUUUAUUCACACAAAUAUUCAAAGGAUUAGAACAACGAUUUGCUGCUGAAAUAGAAACAAUCCGAAUACAGUUUCCAUGUAAACCGUUUGAAUAUAUAGAUCCGCCUCUAAGAUUAGAAUAUAAAGAUGCUGUUAUAAUUUUACGUGAAAAUGGUGUUGAAAUGAGCGAUGAAGAUGAUCUAACAACUUCAAAUGAAAAAUUUCUUGGAAAAUUAGUGAAAGCAAAAUAUCAUACAGAUUUUUAUAUGUUAGACAAAUAUCCAUUGUCUAUUCGACCAUUUUAUACGAUGCCGGAUCCUGAUAAUCCAAAAUAUUCAAACAGUUAUGAUAUGUUUAUAAGAGGAGAAGAAAUAUUAUCGGGAGCUCAGCGUAUACACGAUGCUCAGCUUUUAACUGAACGUGCUAAACAUCACAAGAUUGAUUUAGAACAAAUCCAAUUUUAUAUUGAUUCAUUUCGCUAUGGUUGUCCUCCACAUGGUGGCGGUGGUAUUGGUUUAGAACGAGUUUUAAUGCUUUAUCUUGGAUUAGGUAAUGUUCGAAAAACAUCAAUGUUUCCACGUGAUCCAAACCGAUUAACACCAUAA